UGCCUCCCGAAGUUAAAGACGACGACGCAUUUGGUCUCUUCAAACGGAAUUGAAGGACGUGUAUUUGCAUAAAGAGCGGUUUAUAUAGUGACACAGAGUGAACAGGUGUCACAUCUUAACCUGGGAGCCCGUUGUGAACAUCAGAAGUGCCAGAAGUCUACCUGUAAACCACACCGGAGAAUAAAACUACCCCAGAACUUCAUUUCAAGGAACUGCCCAUCACCAAUCUCAUCCAUCAUUUGAAUUGAAGACAAGAAGAUCUACAGCAUGGACAACAGACUGGUCUUCACUGUCCUGUUUGUGACACUGUCCUGGAUGUCUUUGAGGACCUGUGCUAAAAAUGAUACGACAGCGGCUCCGGCGAACAACAUGACAACUGUAGCUCCCCCACUGACUCUUAACACCACAGUGGAAACUCUCAAGACACCUGUUUCUAGGACAGGGUGUGGGACCCAACAGCUCUGUGCAGCUGAGCCCUCUGAGUGCGACCCCUCCAUGGCAGGAUCAUGUUUCUUUCUUGCCGUAAAGCGACAAAGCGGUCAAAACUUUGAGUUCGGGCUCUCAGGAGAGUCAGACGGUUACCUUGCUGCCACCCUUUCACCUGGCGCAACAGUGGGAGAUAACGACACAACCUACGUCUGUGCAAAAAACAACGGUGGCGUUCAGUUCUUUAGCACUCUCCUCAGCAAUGGCCAUCUGAUUGAGACAGUGUUGAACGUGAACUCUGUGAGGGGCAGUGUCACUGGAAGCAGAAUCCAGUGUACAUUUUCUGCCACUGUACCAAGCCCAGAAACUAGAACAUCAGGUUUCUCACUCUCAAUCUCAACUGGACCUUUCAACAGCACUUCUGGUACUCUGGGAGCCCCCAACACAGCAUUAAGGAGCCCCGUUGUAGACCUUGGAAAUCCUAACACCACCAUCACCAAUGCGCUUUCCCCCAACACCACCACUUCCCUGACUGCCAACGUGACACAAUCACCAGCAAACAACAUGACAGCACAGCCAACUUCUCAAGUAUUAACUGCAGCUCCCCCACUGACUCCUAACACCACAGUGGAAGCUCUUGAGACACCUGUUUCUAGGACAGGGUGUGGGACCCAACAGCUCUGUGCAGCUGAGCCCUCUGAGUGCGACCCCUCCAUGGCAGGAUCAUGUUUCUUUCUUGCCGUAAAGCGACAAAGCGGUCAAAACUUUGAGUUCGGGCUCUCAGGAGAGUCAGACGGUUACCUUGCUGCCACCCUUUCACCUGGCGCAACAGUGGGAGAUAACGACACAACCUACGUCUGUGCAAACAACAACGGUGUUGUUCAGUUCUUUAGCACUCUCCUCAGCAAUGGCGAUCUGAUUGAGACAGUGUUGAACGUGAACUCUGUGAGGGGCAGUGUCACUGGAAGCAGAAUCCAGUGUACAUUUGCUGCCACUGUACCAAGCCCAGAAACUAGAACAUCAGGUUUCUCACUCUCAAUCUCAACUGGACCUUUCAACAGCACUUCUAAUACUCUGGGAGCCUCCAGCAUCCAAUUUAGGAGCGCUGUUGUAGACCUGGGAAAUCCUGAUACCAUCCUCACCAAUGAACUUUCCCAGACAAACAGCACCACCAGUUCCCCCAAUACCACUAGUUAUGCCAUCACAUUCCAGCAAUCACUGAUGCAGGCUCUGCUGAUUUCCGUGGGUGCACUGGGUCUGGCCAUGCUAUGAGAAAAAUGAAACCCCCAUGGGUCAAGACGAGAAAACCAUAACUUCCCUAUUCAUACAUAUGUGCUACUCAAUAUAAACAUCCCCCAAGACAUUUACUAUGCACAGUAUAUCCCAGAUUUUUAGGAUCAUGCUGAAUUUUGUAUUAACUCACUGGAGGUGAAAGUAGAAGGUGCGAUGGAGGCUGGCCACUCUUCUAGAGCCUUCUGACUGCUUGAGCACCCGUUAUAGAAUCUGAAACAAACAAAGGAAUACAUUUUGAAGUUUUUAAUUUAAUGUUAUAUGUAAUCAAUUUUGUUUUGUAACCCUAGGACUGCUGGAUUUCUGUCCUGGGAGCUACUUAAUUGCAGGCAAAUACACUGACUCUUUGCCCCAGGUGUAAAUCUACCUUUGAAUACAAAUGAGAAGCAUUAUUACAAUUAGAACCAUUAAGAGUAGUCAGACAUCAAUUCCAAAUCAGGUUAACCUGUGGCUUUCACCAGCAGAUGCCAUGCUUUAUAGAAAUUUUGGGUUUGGGGUCUGGUUACCUUUUAAGCCCACAUCGCUACUGUCAGGCCAAAACCACAUGACUUGGUAACUCCAUGGCAACAUCUGGGGAUAUCAAAUUGUUGACACGAGAAGCAAAGGAACAUUGUUGUUCUCCGCUCCUGUCACUUAAAAAGAUGCCAGGAAAAUGGCAGACAUGUGCUUUUGCAUUUUGUUAUUAUUAUUGUGUUAUUACCUUUGGUCUAAAUGUAUGUACUUAUGAUGAUUCAACAAUGCUUUUAAAAUGAAGCCUACGUUGGCUGAUAUUUUCGUGUUUGUGUGCAAUUAUACAUGCAAAUGAGCUAUUGCACAUAAAGAGUGCUAUAUAUGAUAUAAGAUAUUGGUGAAAAUGAUUC